AUGCAAUCAUAUGCCCUGAUCCAAGGUCAGUGUUAUGUCAAAAAUCGAUUUCUAACUGUAUUGUAUGAUUCGGGUUCAUCGCACUCCUUUAUUUCUCUAACUGUUGCUCGUGAGUUGGGACUAGAUUUCUCUGAGUUAAACUUUGAUCUAAUUGUUCAUACACCCACAUCCCAAAAUGCUUUGACUAGUUUAGUGUGCCUGCAAGUACAAUUUACUAUUAGGAAUAGAAUUUUCAUACAUGAUCUAAUUUGUUUGCCUUUACAUGGUUUAGAAGUUAUCCUUAGAUUAGAUUGGUUAUCUAAAUAUCAUGUUUUCCUUGAUUGCUUUGAGAGGAAUGCUGUUAUUCCAUCUAAUAGUUUAAAUACUAUACCAUUUUUGUCCCAUACUUUAUAUUUAAAUUCCGUAAGAGUUACCUUAAACGGGAGUGAUUGUGAGGGGUACGUUCUGUUAGCGACUAGCUCAAAUGACAGUGAAUUAAGCCUAGAACAGAUCCAAGUGGUGAAGGAAUUUCCUUAUGUUUUUUUGGAUGACAUACCUGAGUUUCCUCCUCAACGAGAGAUAGAAUUCAGCAUUGAUCUAGUACCUGGAACCAGAUCAAUUUCUAUAGCACCGUACUGGAUGUCACCAGUAGAACUUGCAGAGCUAAAAAAGCAGUUGGAUGAGCUACUUGGAAAGAAGUUUAUUCGUCCCAGUGAAUCACCUUGGGGAGCUCCGGUAUUACUGGUAAAGAAGAAGGAUGGUGGAAUGAGGCUAUGUAUAGAUUAUUGA